UUCAAAUGGACAGGCAGUUUUCUGAUGAAGAAAUCAACAAUUUAAUCAUAUAAAAAUGCUCUAAAUUAUUUAUUGGAGAAGUACAAAUUAAUAAUACUACAUCUUCAAUGUAAUAAAUAUUUAUUAAGAGCCUACUACAUGCCAGAUCCUGUGCUAAGUACUAGGGAAUUUAAAAAAAAUAGGCAAAGUACAAUUCCUGCACUAGAGCCAUGAGAAUAUGAGGAGAAAGGGGAGUAUCUUGAAAAGAUAUUGCAAGGGCAAAUCGACAGUCCUUGGGAACAGAUUAUAUAUGGUUUGUGGGGGUGUGGCAGUGAGGGGAGGCUGAGAGAAGAGAUAGUGAGUUAAAGAUGACUCCAAAUGUUAUGCCUGAGGUACUAGAAAGAUGUCAUUACCCUUUACAGAAAUGAGUAAGGAGAGUUUCCUUUUGUUGAGUUUAAGUCAUCUGAAAGGAAGCAGAAAAUCUGAAUUUAGAAGUUAGCAGAAGUUGAGGCAGGAUUGGUACAUAUGAAAAUUGUCAUCAAAGAAAUGGUAACUAAGUCUCUGGGAGCUGCUGGAGGAGAGAUGGAGGGAGAAAGGGAGAAAAAAAUCCAGGAGAAAUUUGUCAGACAUCUAUAGUUAAAGGGUAUGAUCUGGAUGAGGAUCCAGCAAGAGACUGAGAAGGAACAGUCAGAUAGAUAAGAAGAGAACCGGGGAGAGUGUUGUCCUAAAAACCUAAAGAGAAGGGAAUAUCAAGGAGAAGAUGACUAACAGUGUCAAAAGGUGCUGAGGUCAAGGAAUAUUGAGGACUGAAAAAAGACCUUUGGAUUUGGCAACUAAGAGACUACUGGAUAUUUUUGAGAGAGUAGUUUCCUUGGAAUGAUAAGGUUGGAAACUGGAUUGUUUAAGAAGUUAAGAAGGGGGGAAAGAAGGAUAGAAUUUUAAAGUCAAAACUUUUUUUAAUGUUUAAAAUUUGUUUUAACAUGUAUCACUGGAGAAAGUAAAAUAUUAUGUCAAAAAAAACUCUUAAAAAAGAAAUGAACAGAAUAAAAUUUAUCCCUUUAGCCAAAACCCAAAAAGUUAAAAAACAAUGAAAGUUAAGAGCAAAUGGUGGCACUUGUCUUAUGUAGCAAUUCUAAAGAGUUUAGUCCCAGAAGGCCAAAGAGAUAUAGCACAAUAGCAGGAAUGAGAAGUUUGAGUAAAGGUUCUCUCAAGAUGGGAAAGAGAAAAAUAAGUGAUAGAGAGGGAACAAUCUGUUGGAGGAAACAGGAUGAAAUGGGGUGAAAGGUAUUUGCUUGAAUAAGUAGAAGAGUUAGCUUGGUAAGGAAUAAGGCUAGCUCAUCUCUUGAGACAGGGGUGAAGGAGGAGAGAGUGGCAGAAGGAAUAUGAAUAACAGGAAAUGAGGAAGAAAGACAAAGGGGGAGUUCAAGGCAAAUAGCCUCAAUUUUGUGUGUGUGUGAAAAAAAAUGAGGCAAGGUUGAAAAGAUGAGAGGAAGGUAGUAGUAAGGCAGGUUUGAGUUGCUGACAUUAAAGAGGAAGCUUAUACCCAACUCAAACAACUAUAUAGUUCUUCUACUUCCUUUUGAGGUUUGGUGAAUUGACAAGAAAGAUAUUUCAAUAUUCUCUUCCUACCUCCCAACAUACGAAGGAUCUCCUAAACAUAGUCACUGCAUAUUUAGCACAGAGUUGUAGAGAAGCUUGGCUGGAGGAACAGUGAUUUAUUUCAACUGUUUAUUUCCCUAUUGCCACUGGAUUAAAUCCUCUUGUUUAGGAUUAAAUACAAACUUCUCUACUUGGCAUUUAAAACCCUUUGGAAUCUGGCUCCUAUUAGCUUUGUUGUACAUUAACUUUCACUUCAAGAUUGUAGUCAAAUUCACCCAAUUGCUAUUCCCUUUACGCGACAUCAUAUCUUCCAGCUAUAGGUGUUGGGAAAAAGUAUUCAAAAGAAAAAUCAGCUGUACUUCUUUUAAUCAUUUUCCCUUCUGCAUCAAGACAGGAGUGAGGAAGCCACCCUGCCCCCAAUCUGGAAAAUCUGAGUAAAAAAAAAAUUCCCUUCCUUUGUACUUGAGAAUUCUGAAUUAUUAUGGCAUUAAAAAAAUAAAAUGUUGACACUAUAGAAUACUAUACAUACAUUUUAUGCAUUUCUGAAUUUCUAAAAUUUUUCUGUUUCUGUUUUGGUCUUUUGAGUCUGUAGCAAAACUCUAAAUAUUCCUAUUUAAUUUCUAACCGGCACUAUUAUCUAAAUUCUAGAUGGGAAAGUAACAAUGUUGAAAGGAAGUAUCCUUUAUAUAUGUGUGCAUAUAUUUAUAUAUAUGUGUGUAUAUAUUUUUAUAUAUGUGCAUAUAUAUUAUAUGUGCAUAUAUAUUUUUUAUUUAAAAUUUUGUUAUAUUUUGAACUUCAAGUUGUCAUCCUUCUUCCCAGCCCCUAAAGAAGGUCAACAUUUUAUACAGACAUAUAUGGAACCAUAUUUCCAUAUGUCAGCUCUUUCUCUGGAGGUGGAUAGCCAUUUUCUUUCCUAAAUCCUUGUUCGCGCUGAAUUAAACAAAUGGAGCAAAACUUAGGAUCUUUAGCCGGAGCAAGGAAAUUGCAAUUGGGGUUCCACUCAGUAACAAGUGCGGAUGCUGGGUUCUUAAAAAGUAUCAGGGCAGAAGGUAAGAGGCUUCAGGGGCAGAGAAUUGGGACAAUCCAAAAUUUCACAAAGUAAAGUCUGCAGAGAAAGUAAGGGAACAGCAUUGCCGUUACUAAAUACCACCUUCUCUAGGUUUUUUAAAUUCACUUGCAUUAUUUCGUGCAAUGUUUUUUUUUUUUUUCCCUAAAAACCAAUCUGCUCAAUUAUCUCUUACAGUACAAUAGAAUUCCAUCACAACUUAUUUAACCAUUUCUUAAUUAAUGAGCAUCUCCCCCCUCACUUGAAAGUCUCCUUCUCCUCCUAAAGAGAACUGCUUAUAAAUAUUUUGAAACAUAGAGGUUCUUUUCUUUCCCUCCCCUCCUCUUCACCCUCCCCCUCCCCCCCGGUCAUCUUGAGAACGAGACUUAAUAAUGAUAUUGCUGGGUCAAAAAACCCACACAAUUGUAUAAUUCUUUGGCCUUAAUUCAAAAUUGCUUUCAAAAUGGUUAGCUCAGUUCACAAUUACACCAACACUGUAUUAGUGGUCCAUUUUUUUUUUUUCCCACCUCUCCUUCAACAUGUGUCAUUUCCCCCUUCUAUCACUUUAAUCAAUCUAGCCAGACUCCUUAAUUCCCUUCAAAACUCAAACUAAAAGUCAAUUUCCUCUUACAAGAAGCCCUGGCUCUAUCACCCUCCUGAGCUAAUAGUGCUUCCAAUCCUCCAAAAUUGUCUCAUUCCUCCUCUUUCCCCCCAGGUCCAAACUUCGGACCUUCUUUCAAGUUUAUGAGGAAAGUUGUCCGUGCGACGCUUGAAAAAAACAAACAAACAAAAACAGUUCUAAGUACCACAGCAGGAAUUCUUUUUUUUAAAGGCAGUUGCCUUUUAAAUUAUCAGAUUUUCCCAAGACAAAAUUUGCCUCUCUAAAACCAAACUCCCACCCAUUUUUCUCUAGUUCGGUCCUCUGAGGAAAAUAGCCGAAUAGCUCUAAUCCCUUUUCCACAGGACGGCCUUUCAAAAUACUUGAAGACAGGAGUUAAUUCUUCUUUCUUCUUCUCCUCUUCCUAGUCUCUUUUCAGUUCCUUUUACCGAUUUUCGAUCUUCGCACGACAGUCACCCGUUCUGUACCCCACUCCCCUCGCUCAAGACGCUGAUCCGCUUGCCAAAGCCCUUUGUCACUGCGUGGCGUGCAGAACCGAACUCUGCGGUCCAGAUGUGCUCUGAAAGCUCUCUGGAGAGAGAUGCAGGGGGACGCGCCCCUAAGACCCGGCCUCAAGACUCUUUCCCUCCGGGCUGAUUUAAACUCUGGAAACUGGACACACGCCCAACCUCUCCAGCUCGCUGUCCCCGCCUCUUUAUCUGAAGCAUACCCUCAGGGCGUUGCCAUGGGGACGGGAAGGCCUUACCUGAGUCCAGGUAGGCGGCGCCUCCAGCCCCGGAGCCCCCGAGUCUCUGCUGCGAAUUCUAGCUCCGAGGCUGUGGCCACUGCAGAAGCUACGGAAGCCGUGGAAGGUGCAGCGGCUGCCUCCACUGCAGUUGCCGCGAAGGCUGCAAAGGCCUCCGAGACUGCAAAAACCUCGGAGGUUGUAUUCUUGCAGACCUCUGGCCCCAUGCCCGCCCGGACCAGUAUCUUCCCCGGACACAUCGUCGUAUCCGAGCAUUGUACCGCGUGGCACCUGGGACUGGGCCGCUGCACUUUCGCCUUCUGGCUGGCUGUGAGUUUUGACUUGGUGGGGCUGGCGGUACUGAUAACGGGAGUCUUCUCCGAGGUCUUUUUUUACGACUUGCUGCUGUAUGCGGGUUCCAUCAUCAUUUUCCUCAGUCUCAUUUGGUGGGUCUUCUGGUAUACUGGCAAUGUUGAGGCGCCGCCGGACCACUCCCUCUUGCCCAGCAAACGGCUCCAACUGAGGUCUUCCAGCUACCUCCAAACCCUUAGAGAGAGCAUUAGCCAACGCUUAACGCUGUCUAGGCAGGGGAAAACCAAGAGGACUAAAAACAAAUUCCCCCUGCAGUUAAGCAUGAAGACGAUAAAUAUUUCUCGGCCAGGAACCCUGCAAAGAGGAAACCCAAAAGACCCCCAGUCAGAGAGACCCCGACUAAAAAACUCCCCAUUAGAAAACUUCCAUCCUGAAAUCUCCUCCCCAGAAACCCUCCAAUCAGAGAGCUCUCAAAAAGUCGUCAACCAGAAAACCCUCAACUGAAAGACGUCCUCCAGCCAGAAAACUCCCUUCCGGAAAAUUCCCAGCCAGAAAAUUCUCUAUGGAUAAAACAGAAGCCUGUGCUCAUUACCAAGAAAUCUUCUUUCCCAGACUUGAAGGAACUCCCCAUGGAAAAGCUGCAAGAUUCUGAAACUUUCCAACUCUAGCCCAAAUUCUGAGCCUCAAUCUCUUGCUACUUUUUCUUUAUCCUUUAGCAGGAAAUCCAAUACCAGCCAUAUGUCUAAAAUAAACCAUAAUCAGUUUGAGCCUUCUAAUAUUUAACUUCCUCUUCCAAGCCACGGAGUUGUCCCUUCUACUAUCCACACCAUCAUACUACCAACUAGCAGCAAGAGAUAACCUCAAUUAGGAAAAACAAACAAAAUCACUUUCGAGUAGCUCGUCCUGCUGCUUCCAUUUGAACUUUUUCUCCGUCUUCUCCAAAACUAAAAGGGAAACUUGUCUAAGGUAACAGGUGGGAAAGCCUCCUGAAAACUCCAGAACUGUGAUAGCUUGGGCAAGAAAAUCCUACCAUUUGAGUCCAUUACUGAAUGACUCGGUGAAUACUAACUGCCCUUGGGAAACAAGAACUGCUGGUCCAGAAAUACCUUUUGGAGUUGUAAUUCCAGGGGACUUGGUGUCUUUUAAAUCUUGGAAGGAGCAGAUUGGAAAGGACCUCAUCAGAUGUUACUGAUGACCAAGACUUCAGUCCAGAGGCUGAGGAGGGUUGAAUUCAUUACACUAGGGUUAAAGAACCUGGAACCUAAAGAAUGAACUGUUAAGGCCAAUUUAUAUCCUCUAAAAUUGGGAGUAAUUAAGAAUGUUUUGGUAGGAGGGGAUUAAUUGUGCUUGGAGAAUAGUUGAGUGAAUAGGUGGGAACAUCAGGCUUGGCCCCUGAUUCUCUAAUGUGAAAAAUUACUGCGUUUCUUGAAACCAUCUUGUCAUUUCUGGGGAAAAAGAGUUUGUUUGGGUUUUAUAGUCUCUAAACAAAGAAUGGGUUUAUUGAUAAUUUACAAGUUUGUUAUAUAGAAAUGAUUUCUAAUGUUUAUUACACCAGAAUGACUUUUUACUACAAAAAAAGAAUAAAGGAGGAGGGCAAACAUGUUAAGUGAAAUCUCUUAUGUAUGUGAGGUUUAGUAAGCUUUGUUUAAUUGUUUGUAUAGAGACAUCUUAAAGCUGUACCUGUUAUUUAAAAUGAUUCUCAGAAUAGUAAUCUAUGUCUUUGUCCCUUUAAACAUGGCUAAUAAUUGAAGAUUUUUUUAUAUUUCUAAAACUUGAAUCUUUAAUUAUUGGUUAUUGAACAUCUUAAAGCAAAAUGAUUUGUGUAAUGUUGACCUUAAAACCAUCUACUUAGAUAUAAAAGAUAAACUGUAAAUUUUCUAGGAUGAAUCUCUUACUAUUAUCAUUGUAAGAUUAUAGUCAAUACUUAUUAAGGAUAUGUUAUCCUUGAGAGCUAAUUAGAUUAAUACAGCUUUGAUUAAUGAGAUUUGCUAUUUGAGAUAAAAUCUCUUGGGACUGUAGCUGAUAUUAUUUGGAGUUUUGAAUUCAGGAAUGAUUGCCUGAUGGAUCAUCAAGCCAGUAACCCACUAUCUAAAAGGAAUAUGCCACAAGUUAUUCAGAAGAAUGUGAUCCUAACUUGUUACAGUUGGAGGUUAGUAUUUGAGCAAGAAUUGGGAAGACAGCUUUGGCCUUUGGCCUCUACUUAAGGUGGGAUCCUUCUGACUCAAUUUCCCAGUGGUGUAAGAACCCACAUGAUUAUUCCUGAGUCUGGCUAUAAAGUAGAAUUAUUGCUACACGAUUGGUUGAAAAUUGACAAUGACCUGAAGGCAAUCUGAGCUAAGGAUGCUUUAUUCCGUCAUCUAUGUGUUCUUAGGCUAAGGCCUGAAGGACCAGUUUUAAUAGUAGUAUAAUCAUGUCCCUGCUUUUUCCUCCUAUAGCAAAUUUCUAUAAUCAGAGCAAGUGGUCAGUAGAAGCCAUGAGCGCAAUUCAAGUAUGUAAGAUCUUGCCAGUUUCCUAUCUGAAAAUAUAUGGGUAUUAUAUCCCAAACAAAUAGGUAAGUGAGUAAUUUGGCCUAGUCAUCUAUCUGUGGCUAGAUGCAUAUGUCUGUUUCUUUUAGCAUUUCUGUUGUUGACUUUUGUGAUAGGCAUCUUUAUUUGUGAAGGAUUACCUACUUCAAUUACUAGAGACGAAAAUGGUUGAGGUUUGAGGUGGCCCUGCUACCUGAGUCCAGAAUGGGAGCUGGGAAUUAUAGAACUCCAAUCUACAUUCUAAAUAGACUAAUUAGGCUUCAAGCAGUAUUGGAAAUAAUUACUAACCACAUCUUGAAGGCAUUGGCUACCUAGACCUAGGAAGUAAUCAUUCAGCACAGACUAGCAUUAGAUUACCUAUUGGUCAAAGAAAAGGGUGUCUGUGAAAAGCUAAACUUAUGAAAUUGUUGCAUGAAAAAUGAUAAUGGUAAAUUGGUCAAAGAAAUUAUAGAUAAUGUCAGGAAAAUAGCUCAUGUCUCAGUAAAAAAUCAUUUCAGUGGUUUUGGUUUAGGGAAAGUUGGUUUAAUAGAGUAAUUUUGCUCCCUAUUUGUUUACCUUGCAUAAUACAGUUAAUAACUUGAAUUGUCCAAGACACUAUAUCUAAAAUGACUAAGAAGAAAAGGCAGAAGAUUCUGUUCAACUUAUGGUUUUAAAGGGAAAUGGAUGGGUCCCAAUUGGGUAAGAAGAAAGAAGAGAUCCUGAAGGAGAUGAGGAUGACAGCACUGGUGUGAGAGGACUUCAAGUAGUAAGAAAUAAGAGGGGGGGAUUUGAGUGAUAUUAAUGAAGUACUCUCAAGAUUAAAGAGAUGUUUAUUCUAGGAAAGUAUCUCUCAUUCCGAAGGACCCAAAAACCAUAUAUCCUGUAGCCAAAACUAGAAAAAAGGGGAGUAUCACCUCACCAUCUGGUGAGACAUGCUAUGAAAAACAUUGUUUUCUUUGCUGUUGUGCUCAGUAAGAUUUCCGCAAAUAGAUUGUACCUCCUAAAACCCAACAGAUGGUUGAAGGGGAAGAAGGGAGGGAAUUUGUGUUUAGGUUCUAUAUAUAAUCUACUUUGAUGAGCACACAUGUACACAUUCUUUGUUGAUACUUCCUUUGCUGUUCAGAGAAUGUCCUUUCUUGAGAAAACUAAUAAACUUUCCUUUUUAUUACACUUA